AGUCAUUCUAACAAACAGAUUGGAUACUCUGUGAAUCAAGAAUAACACGAGGGAAGCGAAAAAGAUUCUAACACUAUAUAUAUAUAUACAUCAUUUGCCACUAUAGCUGUUAUUAUACUAUCGAGAUUUAACUAACACUUCACUGUUUACUAUAUUACUAUAUAUAAAGUACUAAUUGUUACUUGUAACGCAAGCACGCGAUCAGCACGAGGGAUUGAGAAUACACGAGGAAACGAGGACGACUCAAAAGAUUUGCUCAGCGAUAAAAGGAAACAGAAGGUCAGGAAGAAAUAUUUUUGGCCACGUCUCCAAAUUUUGACCAAGGCCAGAAAGCAAGUACUUCUGGACACUAUAAAAAGGGACAGCCAGUUUUCAGACAGUUGGACAGUCGCUGACGAGAAAAGCUCGUGGCUAAAACCACGUCGAGGAUCGAACCGCGGAGCAUUGUAUUGUGUGUCUUUUUCACAAGCUUGCUACGUUGCUUCUGUGAUUAGUCUACAGACAAUGGCCGCUGUUACCAUUUAUUUGGGAGUUCUGAUCCUGACCCUCAUCUUUGCUUACUUCAAAUUGUUCUAUAGACGACUACGCAAAGGUGAGCCGCCUCUUGCACCUGGACAUUUUCUUUGGGGCAACGGAAAACAGUUCACAGAACACGCCGUGAAAUUUCUCCAGGGAGCCCACAAGAAAUGCGGCGACGUCUUCACCAUUCGCUUUUUGAACCAGUACUGGACCAUGGUCCUGGACAUUCACAGCUACGAGAGGUUCGCCAAGGAGAAGAACUUUGACUUUGACGCCAUCCAAGAGCAAGUGAACCACAACGUCUUCGGCUACCAGCUGGUGGACGCCAGAAAAAUGAUUGGCGAGGCAGGGCAGAAAGUCAACGGGAAACAUCUGUUCACUUCUCUGGAGCACUUCGCGGAGAACCUCACUGAAGCCUUCAAAGAAACAGCCUCAGAAAAGGACAGGAUGAUGAACGAGAGGAAUAGCCGAAAGAUGAACCAGGUGAACACUGCUCACAACGACAUUAGCUUGUGCUACGAAAGCCACCACAUCUCGCAGCACGGAUGGGACAAAAUUGAGGAUAUGACGGACAAGUUUAUGGCGGACACUUGGUGUGAGGAUCAGCUGAGAAACCUAGCCUCUAAGACAUUUUUCUCCCCAGUUUUCUACACCAUCUUCGGACGCGGUCAGCCUGGCGCCAACGACAAUUUCCACCCCCAGGUUUUCCACAAAAACUUUGACCAGUUCCACAAAUACUUCAACUUCUUAUGGUUUGGGAUGCCCGUCCAGAUGUUUCCCCAGGCCGUCAACGCAGUCGGCGUCUUGGCUCAACAACCAUCCAGCGCCGACAUGAUGCAACGCGAAGGUUGCUCGGAAUACAUUAAAUUCGCCACUGAAUUCAUGCUCAAACACAACCAAUCAGAGCGCGACAUCAUCUGCCACAAUUUGGUCUUCCUGCACGUGAACUACAACACCUUUCGGGUUGUCUACUGGUGCAUGUACAAGCUGAUGGAGGACCAGACUGUCAUGGCCGCUGUCAGAAAAGAAGUGGACGAGGUAGUAGAAGCCAAACGAACCGGCGCCAGCGCGUCUGAGUACGAGGCUGAAUUCACCACAGAGGACAUUAACAAGCUUCCAGUAGUCGAUUCAUUUUUGAAAGAAAUUAUUCGCUGGACUAGUGGGGUGUUCAUGGUGAGGAAGUGCAUUGAGGACACCGCCUUCACCACAGAAAGUGGCCAGACUUUUAACAUCAGAAAGGGAGAUAAAGUGGCCAUCUACCCACCAGUGUUCCAUCAGGACCCAGAAAUUUACGAGAAUCCAGAGACAUUCAAAUACGAUCGCUUCAUUGAUGCUGAUUUUUAUAAGAAUGGCAAGAAGAUCAAGCACCCUCUCAUUGGCUUCGGCUCCCUGUGCCCAGGCCAGAAGCUGUCCAUGCUCCAGAUAAAGUGGUUCAUCAUAAACAUCGUCAACAGCUUCAAGCUGGAGCUCAUCGAGGGCGAGAAAACGGCGCCCAACACCGGAAUGUACGGCCACGAGAUCCUUCCGCCCACCAACGACGUGCAGUGCCGGUUCAAGCCACGGGAAGGCGUCUGCGCCCUAAAGUACGUCAACAACUACGGCUCCAACGGGAGCAAGGGUCUCGGGGGAAUCUCUUCUGGAAACAUGUUGUGAUCCUUCUUGCAAGACACCUGCUGACAUUUAAACACUCGGACACUUAGGGUAUUACAAUUGACAUAUUUAUUUCAUUACAUUUAGUGCAAAGUUUCCGAUUUUGGAGAUGAACUCUGACCUAUUCAAGAAUGGGUUCGCAUGCAACAGCUGAGUGCGGUAACAAAGUUCUGUUCAUGUUCUAUAAAUAGUAUAUGCAUAUCGAACAUUUCAUUGAAGUUUCUUUACAUUAUGAUAUUAAAUGUUAAAGCAAAAGAAAGGGGAGACAAUCUUCUCAUAUCUAUUGAGGCUUCUAGGUAGAUGUUUGUUCCUCAAUCAUAGACAUACUUACUUACUUAGGUCCUCCCGCGCCGUUCGGCGCAUUGGGCGGCAAGCUGUCUCCAUAAUGAUCUGUCACUGGCAAUGUCUGAAGCCUCCUCCCACCUGGUGUCCACUGUUCUGAGGUCCUCCAUGAAGGUGUGUCGCCAGGUAAUACGAGGACGUCCCUGUUUGCGCUUUCCUCGUUUUGGCUUCCAUGUUAUCGCAACUCUUGGUGUGCGUAAUUCAUUUUGACGUAUAACAUGUCCCACAAACCUCAUGCGACGCUCAGUCACAACCUCACUAAGUGUUCGACUCCCAGUUCGGCAUAGGAUUUCCCUGUUUGAGAUCCGGUCUGUGUAACCGACUCCCAAAAUCCGUCUCAGCCAUCUUUGUUGAGCCACAUUUAGUCUUUUCUCAAUUUUGACAGAUGACUUCCACGUCUCACAUGCAUAUGUAGCAAUUGGAAUGACGAUUGUGUUGAGAAGGUGUAUUUUUGUCUCGAGUCCAAUAGCUUGGCUAGUCCAAAUAGGCUGCAGCCUUUGGAAAAUGGAAAAUGAUCAUAGACAUAGUAUCAAUACUAUUUAUUAGCUUGCGUAUCGACGAAGGUCAUAACCAAAUGCUGAAAUUGAAUUUUAUAUUUCUUAGAAUUGACAAUUUUAUUGAGGGCCCCACUCCUUUCCGCUCCCAACUGGUCCCUAGGCAACGCCCUCGAUUCUAUCCUCCUUCAGUAGUUAGUUUAUAUUUAUUACUUUUGUCAUCGCCCUCGCCCUAUUGUUAUUUCCCCUCCCCCCCCUUUCAUGUCUCUCCAUCUUAUGUUUAUGAUUUCAUUAUGUAAGAAUAUAAGUUAUUAAUUUAUUAUUAUCAUACUUCAACAUGCGUGUAUAAUAGCCCACCCUCCCACAACCAUUAAGCUAAACAAAAUUUGCAAUGCUGUGAUGAUUGUUUAUAUAAACAUUUUAUGACUAAACUUUUUAUUUUUAUUUUAAUUUUCUUGUUUUACAAACGUAUAUAUAUAUAUACAUAAAUUUACAUCAAUACAUUAUGUUCCUUGCACACACCAUAACACACUCAUAAACAUAUACUAUCAUCAUAACCAUAACUUAAGUAACCAUAACUUGAUUUAGAUUAUAAACGAAUGCUGUUUUACUGUGCAUCCCAUAGGUACCAACAUUGUCCUUCGAUUUACGGUACUUAUUUUAAUUGUUGUGUUCUCUUGUUAGAGGUGAGAGAUGACCUCUCUGUACAGGUAGCCACGUGAAAUUAAGUGUCGAUAUUAAGUGUAGGCGUCCAGUUCGUCUCUAGUUUAUAAUUUUACUAAGCAUUUAAUUUUGUAGUGAAAUUAAGGCAUUCCAGAGUUAUUAUCUUUAAGGAUUAAAAGUAAAAAAAAAAAAUAAGCGCGGUAAAUUCCCUCUAUGGGUGACUAGAGUCAUUGAACGAAUCCAUUUAGAAAAUUGAAAUGGGACAUGACACCAACAAAUCAUGAAAUCACUUUAGAAAAGUAGGUCUCCGCGUUUUUCAAAAAGUUUAUAUCAUGUUAAUUUUUUUUUAAUGAUACAGGAAAAUAUGAGUAGUUUGUUCUAGCUGCAUGACAUAAAUCAGUACAUCGAGUUCACUUCUCUUGGUCACGUGCAAUCUUCAUUCUCAUCUCUUCAUUCUUUAAUAUUCACAUUCAUCGGGGGGGGGGGGGGGGAACCAAUAGCCUAGCUGAAUUAUUGGAAUCAAAAGGAUCAAUUGAAAACGUUUCGAAAAUUAUUUUUUUUCAUCUUAAAUUUACACCAAAUUUUUGAUACAGUUGAUUCCGAAAAGGGAAGUGGGUCUACAAUUUAAUAAUGAUAAUAACAAUAAUAAUAAGAGAUACAUUUUGUUACUUUUCCAAUCCUGGGGUUUGCUGUAAAUUUUAAAUAUUAUUAUAAAUAUAUGAAGCCCAUUCAAUCGAAAGAUGUGUAUUUUAAUUUUUUUUGUCAACGAAAGAGAUUCCAAAUCAUCAUUUAAACAUUUUUCUUGAGGGUGCAUUACUAUUGCAAUAAUUUGUUUUAUUGAUUUUAUUAUUGAUAUUUGUUUCGAUGUUACUAUUGUACAUAAUGUAAAUAGUUCCAAGUUUUCGAAAAUCUUUUUUUUUUAAGAACCCUGACAUGCUAUUUAAUUCGAACUCUAUCUCACGUGACCUAUUUAUCAGACCAAAGAAACUUGUUCUUGUUAAUUAUUAUAACAAAACUUGAUUGUGUGACAUGAUGUUUUUAGAAUCUCCACGAAAUGUUGUGCUAAUGUCUGAUCUGUAGACACUUUUUUGUUUUCCAAGUGUAAGAUAUUCCCCUGGAGCGCUAACUUUCAAUAAAGGGUCAUUCUUAAAGGGUCAUUCUUAAAGGGUCAUUCUGUUUGCUGGAGGGCUACUCGGAACACGUUCAGUGCGAUCCAGAGUUUUGUUUUUAAAGACAGAACUCUUUUUUUUUUAAAUAGUAUUGAAAAGAAACAGAUUAUUAUUAAGAUAUUACUAAGGAAACCGAAGUGAGUCGUGAAAGAUAUAUCUUGUUUAGAUUAUCUUGUUUAGAUUAUCUUGUUUAUUGUAAAAUAAGUCCGUGUAACGCUUGCAGCAAUAUUCGAAUGAGAAUCUUGGAAGAAUAAAUACGAAUGGAUCGAUAUUCUGUUCUUAUUUAGCGAAUACGCAAAAAGUAUUGUAAUCCAACCUGGCAAUCUGAUAGUGUUUCCAUUGUUUAGUAAACCCCAUUGAAGUAAUGCUGUUCCAGAUUUUUAAGCACUUACUGGCCUAUUGAGCUUAUCUCUAUGAUAUUUGAAUGAUUUGGUCUAAACUUGUGUAUUUAUUUAUUAUGAUCAUUAUUUGUGCUGCCGACAAGAUCUUGACGCAUGCCUACUUCGUCUUUGUUAUAUACUUAUAAGAUAUUGAUCGUGACGAUGCAUUGACCUAGACUUUAUAGUGAUGUUUCGAUGCCUGCGUGCGUGACCUAUUAUUUACAUAUUCAUGAUCAGUAAUUUAUUGUACCUACACCUAUACGAACCAUUUUAUUUUUUAUUUAUGGAAUUCUACAAUGUGGUUUUUAAUUAAUUUAUUGUGAGACCUAGGAAGUGAUGACUAUUUAGCUACAGCUGAUACAAAGUUAUAUCUGAAUUCUAUUAUUUUGUUGAAUGUUAUGAUGCAAUAGAGUUACUUUAUCACUCUGAAAAAUAAAUACUAAAAAAAUGUCUAGUACAUAUCAUAAUUUAACUUUAAGAAAUGUUAAUUACACAGUUGGUAGAGUUGGUGUGUACUUUGUUAGACUAGACUAAUAUAUCUCACUUGAUCUGUCCAUUCGCUCUAAUAGUAUACCACAUUGUCUAUAUAUGUAUAUUAAGUAUAUGCGCAAUUUGCAACAUAUAUUAAAUUAUGAAUAUAUUUUUUUGUUAAUAUUUUAAAAUUGGUAGUAAAACUGCAUAUUUGAAGACUACGUUAGCCCACAGUGUUAUAGAUCUACUACAGUCUCAUUAGUGAUGGGUGUUUUUUUUUGUUUUUUUUUUGUUUUAUUAUUGGAAAUCGUCGACUCGGAGUUGUCAAGUCUGAUGAUCAUUAUCUUCACUGGAACAGCUCAGUGUGAGAGAAGAUGCGGGAGGGAUUCUGGGAUAGAGGAUAGGGAUACAUGGACAGUUGAACAUUGUUGUAACUAGUGCAUAAUAUAUAACAUUGAAAAUGUCUUUGUCUUUUUGUAUGUAUAUAGAGUUAUAUAUAGAUCAACAACGGAAGUAUCUCUUUAAUUUAUUCUUGGUACAAAUGAGACAAAGGGUUUGACUUACAGAAGUGGAUGUUGUGGCUGUGUGCGAAGCAGUGCCUGUAUGAUUCAUUAUUUAUUUCAAAGGUGAAAGAAUCGAAAAAUGUUCGAUGAAAGUUGAUUAUUUUUGUUGACAACUUUUUUUUUAAAGAAAA